AUGUCUUCCUCGACGACAAGGUACAACCCUCCAAUACCACUCAAACCCACACCGAUACAACGAAAUGGUGUGGUAAAGAUAAGAGACUUGCAACCAUGGAUCCGUGGUUUCGACCUGACCUGCAUUAUCCUGCAACGUGUCUCCCAACGCACCCUGAAAACCAUGACCGAAGUUGAGCUUCAUAGUUUUCUUGUUGCUGACGAAACGGCUGUAUGUACUUUGGUCAUCUGGGAAAACGGUCAAUUCUUCAAAAGCGGUGACGUCGUUCAAAUAAAUCAAGGGGAAACGAGGAUUCACGAAGAAACAUUCGAACUUACUGUGAACAGCAAUUUUGGAAAGAUAAGGGUUGUCGAUUGGGAUGUUUUGCCUUACGUCGAGAGUGAGUCGCCCAAUCUAUCAAAAUAUCUAUGGGUUCAGAACGAUAAUAAGUUUACGCCAAUGACGAAAGAUCGUAUUCCGGUGGACCCCGUCUCCUUUGAACAACUAGAUCCACAACUUUAUACACCCGCGCAAGAGGCCUCUCAAUUGACAGCGAGUUUAGAAAUAAAACAAGAAGAGAAUGUUAAAAUUAAACAGGAGGACGAAGAGAUGGGUAAUACGACCUUCACCGAGGUCAAACAAGAGCAAUCACGCAUUCAGCCCUGGAAAUCACAGAUACAGCAGAUACAACAACAACUGCCUCCAUCAUCUCAACCGGGUGACCGUCGCCUAUCAAAGCGUAAGGCAUCUUACCUGAAGUGGGAGAAUCGAGAUCGAGAUCAACAAGACAGGGGUGACAGGAGUCGGAAUCAAGAUAGACGUGGUGGCAGACAACAAUCUCGGAACAGAGGUGGCGGCCGCGAUUGGCUUGAUCGCG